GUCGUCGGCGGAGGCCGGCGUGAAGGCCCGGAUGUGAGGAGGACGGGCAGGCUGUCUGGCAACCGGCGGCGAGGCGAAGCUGACCGCGCUCCUCCGCUCGCGGCCUCGUUUCCCCGAGGGAGCCGCAGCCGAAGCAGUCCGGGCCCGGAGCGCGUGGAGGGGCGCUGAUGGCCGCAGGGGCAGCGGCGGAGGAGGCGGAGGUCCCCGGUCGCCGGGGGCGGGCGAGACGCCGGCUGUGAGCGGGCGCCUGAGGGGAGUUUGACGCUGAGGCUGCGGGGGAGGGGCUCCUGCCUGGUGGGAGGGGCCUAGACCGAGGGGGCGGGGCCGCGCCGGCCCCCGGGGUCGCGACCCCUGCCUGAGGGCAGCGCCAGUCCAGGCCGCGCCGGCACGCGUGCUCCCCGUAGGCCGCGGCCUUUUGUCCUCCCCGCCCGGAGAGACGAGCCCCGGGGCGGAGGAGAGGGAGGCCGGGAGGGCCCCCGGCGCCCCUCUGCGUGUGGGGCCGGUUGGGCGCGGGAGAGCCGGGAGCGCCUCGUGCCCCCCCUGCUGCGGGGGCUGCGGAGGGGCCAGGCUGGCCCGGGGGCCCCUGCGCCCCACAGGAGGAGUCCGCGGCGCAGGGCCUCGGCGCAGGGCCGGCAGCGAAGUCUCGAGCGCAGGGCCCCCCCUCCGCUCCCGGAGGGGCGCCCGGACCCCCGGCCGCCCUGGGUCUCGGCGUGGCGCUGGUGGUGCAGAGCGGCCUGCAUUGGCUGCGGUGGCACGUGUGCCCUCGGUGGCCCCCGGCGUGGCAGGCGGCCGGCGGCUGGGCUCCGCGCACCAUGUUCUCCGUCCUCUCCUACGGCCGGCUGGUGGCCCGCGCGGUCCUGGGCGGCCUCUCGCAGACGGACUCCCGCGACUACAGCCUGGUGACGGCCAGCUGCGGCUUCGGCAAGGACUUCCGCAAGGGCAUCUUGAAGAAGGGCAUGUGCUACGGCGACGACGCCUGCUUCGUGGCCCGCCACCGGUCGGCUGACGUGCUGGGUGUAGCAGAUGGUGUCGGCGGCUGGCGAGACUACGGCGUUGACCCUUCUCAGUUCUCAGGGACUCUGAUGCGCACUUGUGAACGCUUAGUAAAGGAAGGACGGUUUGUCCCGAGCAACCCAGUUGGGAUUCUCACCACAAGCUAUUCUGAGCUGCUGCAGAACAAAGUACCUUUGCUCGGGAGCAGCACUGCCUGCAUUGUCGUUUUAGACCGGACUAGCCAUCGUUUACAUACGGCAAACUUGGGGGAUUCGGGCUUUUUGGUCGUCAGAGGUGGGGAAGUCGUCCAUCGGUCUGAUGAACAGCAGCACUACUUCAACACCCCCUUCCAGCUGUCGAUAGCACCCCCUGAAGCGGAAGGGGUCGUCUUCAGUGAUAGCCCAGAUGCAGCCGACAGCACGACCUUUGACGUCCAGCUGGGAGACAUCAUCCUGACGGCCACGGAUGGACUUUUUGACAACAUGCCGGACUACAUGAUCCUCCAGGAGCUGAAGAAGUUGAAGAACUCGAAUUACGAGAGCAUACAACAGACAGCAAGAAGCAUUGCUGAACAAGCUCACGAACUGGCAUACGAUCCAAAUUACAUGUCUCCUUUUGCGCAGUUUGCCUGUGACAAUGGACUGAAUGUAAGAGGUGGAAAACCAGAUGACAUCACUGUCCUCCUUUCUAUAGUAGCUGAAUACACAGACUGACGGACUGAAACCUUCUGUUUCUGAUUACUUGCGCUAUUCCAGAGUUCCUGGCUUCACACAUACUGUUUCCUGCUGGCAGGACAGCUGUUCUUUGCAGCCGAUCUCAGCGGCUAUUAUGUAUUGUGUCCAUUGCCUGUAUUAAGGUUUAGUCAAGGUCUCCGUCGAUGACCGCUAAUGAGGUACAUCUGCCAGCAAGAAAUGAAGAAUUUCAAUACUUGAAGCUUGCCAUUUUAAAAAUGUAGUAGCAAUUAUUGCAUAGUAAUGGCGGGGAUUGGAGCGAUGAUCGUGGUUGUGGUUCUGAAGAAAACGAGCGUCAAGAAUUGCAAGUGGAUGUUCAUAAUUCGAAGUUAGAUGUACUACUGAAAAUUGGAACAACUCUUUUCUUUGAGGACAUACUAUAUGGCCAGAAUCAGCCCACUUCUCAUCCAUGAGAGGCCGCAAAAUUAUAGCCGAGGGCUUGUGUUUGUAUGAACUUUUCAGAGGCUUCCAAUUGUUGAGAAUCUCUUGGUUUAUGCGGGGUGUCCCAACUGUGGCCCUCUAAAUGUUCAUGGGCUACAAUUCCCAUCAGCCCCUGCCAGCAUGGCCAAUUGGCCCUGCUAGCAGAGGCUGAUGGGAAUCGUAGUCCAUGAACAUUUAGAGGGCCACAGUUGGACACCCUUGGUUUAUGUGGUGUUUGUCCAGGAGCUUUAUCUGUUACUGAAUUUGAAACACAAAAUUAAUUUGUGAAGUGUGUGUGUGUGUGUGAGCAAGUCGUGGAGUAGGGGAAAGUGCGCGUGAAGCAUGAGGUCUGUUCUACUGAUGGAAAUUCUGCAUCAUUUCUUCACAGGGUGUUGCUGCCGUUAGCAGGAUUCUUAUUUUAGAAAUCUUUUCAGUUGGAUUAAAGUCUGCAGAAAGAAGUAAGGGUGUUGAAACGUUGGUGUGCUCUCCUGUGUGCGUGGUGUUAGAUCAGGCUUUAUGUGCUGCAGUAGUGGCUCGAGACGACGGGUGGUUGACACAGACGGGCAUCGGCUCUGGAUCGUCUCUUUGGAGUUUCAAAAACUUUGCAGCAUCUCCCAGUGCGCAUCUCUGCCUGGCUACAGCAGCGGUCGUCACCAACACAGUGCAAAAUGUGGAAUGAAUGGCGUUGACAUUUCAGUAGCUGGUAUUGAGGGUUUCCGGAACGGAUUCUGAUGAUGUUUACAAGGUAUCUAAUAGCCAUUUUUCAAUAGAGCAUUUCUUUUCAUUGACACUUGGUCCCGUUUCUUCAGUAACUGCAAACUCCCUUUUUUAAUGCUCAUGUAAAAAAAAAAAUCAAUAGUGUAAAGAUAUAUAUUUUGGUCAGUUUUUCAUAAUUUUUGCUGGUAGAAAAAGUAUUUAGAAAUGAAAAGCCAUGUUUUAUAUACCAGUUGAAUAAUGUUGAUGUUUAGAUAAUAAACUUGGCCAGUGAAGCAAUCUUACCUUAUAUUAAAAAAAAAAUUCUAAGGGGUUUUUACUGCCAAGUUUAUUGUAUUAAAGAAACGCCUAAGUUUGAGGUUACCUCCACCUGUGUUAAAUAUUUUUGUGGUUGUACUGUAUAUCUGCAUAAUUGUGUCAAGCUUUUAUUUAUAAUUGUGCCACAUGUACCAUGUACAUGUCACUAUUUCAGUGCAUCUUGCUUCUGACAGGCAUUUCAUUUAUCACGAGAAGGGGCUGAAUCAUUUGGAAGCUAUUUUGUUCAUCUGCCUUUUUCCUAAGAGCAGCAUAGUGACCCUUUCCCCCCCCAAUCACCUGUAAUUCCUCGUCACAUUGCCUUAACCGCCCAAAACUUGACAAAGUGGAUUUUUUUUUUGGCAUGGACACGGGAUGGAAUAAGAAUAAACUCAGUGUGAGAAUUUUUAAGAUGUGGCAAAUGAUAACUUUGCACAAACCGUUUUAAUCCCCCUGACUUUUGAAGGUGGACAGGUUGUACCUAGGUAUCUUCAGCUAGAAGGAAUGUAUUUAUACCACAGUACUUGGCUUGUCUCCUGCUGUGCCAGAGGGCAAUUAUCUCUUUACCUUGGACUUUCUCUGUAUCAAGUCUCCAGUAUUCGCUGUUGCAAUUCCUCACGAGAAUAAGAAUAAGCACUGAACAGUCGCUGCUUUCCCCUUUUGGCCUUGACCUCUCCCAGACAUGGUGCCUCCAAAGAGCAGGACUGUUUCCCCUGCUUCAGAGUCUUCUUCUAUUUUUUUUCUGCUACUUCAGAGGGCGAAUGGCCCUCAGCUUAACGCACGAAACACCUUCUCUGGAAGUUCCGGUGGUGACAGGCCGAGCCCUCCCAUCACUCACCUGGGUGGGAGAAAUCGGUUCAUAAAUCCCUUGUGGCCGAACAGAAACUCCUGGUGGGGUUUGAUUGUCGGCCGUGCUUUACUUAGAGCAGUUUUUAGUCAGUCAGUAUGUAUAAAGUUAUUCGUCUCUCACCACAUUUUUUUUUAAAACAAUGAACAAAUUUGGUUUUAUAAAUUUGCCGAUACUGUUUCCUCAUCCCUUCCCUCCACUGGACACCAAAGACCAGUAUAGUUUAUAGCUUUUUUCCAUCUAUUUUUAAAAGCAAUACUGUAUUAUAAAGAAACUAAUAUUUUUUAUUGCACGCUUGAGUUUUUGUUUUAAGAUGUGCACUCAAACAUAUCAGAGCCUAUUUCUUCCUAUGAACUUAAGGCUGUCUGCGCACAAAUCUUUUUCACAAAAGGAAAAGGCAGGAUUUGGGUACUACUUAAGGUAACCUUUACUGUUAUAUGCAACACAUUAGUCUUUCCUAGGAACUAGACGAGUUCAGUGAUUUGGCACAGAGAAGACAUUCCAUUUUGUGUUCUCUUAAAUUUUAAAGUAAUAGGGGGAGACUGAAAAGAGCUGAAACUGCAGACAUGCUGUGCCGACAACCGGGGGGGGGACCCCAGUUUGUAUAGCAUUAUCCUACUUCGCUAAUGAAAGCAGUUGCAGCCACAGAACUUCUGGGUAUGCCCUGCAAUUGUGUUACCAACCUGGUAGGUAUAGCUAGGCUAAUGUGAAAUACCCAUUAUUAAUGAAGGAGUCUGAAGUCCGUGGUUCCCAGUCAGUUUAGCUAUCUUUGGGAGAGGUGACAUGUCCACCGCUCCCCUCAAGGUCUUCUAUUUCUGCAACAACUGAAGCAAAAUAGAUUUUAAUAAUAGGCUGGAGGUUGGGACCAGACUGGACACAGGCAGAACUACCCUGCAGUGAGCAAAAACACGGGUACUAUGAUUGGAGCUGCUGCCUGGGCAGUGGGAAACCAGACAGCAGAAUUGGGGCUUUUAUCUGACACAGAUAGCUGAUCUAAUGAGGAUGCUUUUUUCUUGUUAAAUGAGACUAUCGUUACCUGUGCUUACCUGAAAGGCAUUUAUGUGAAUUGGAUGUCUGAAAUUUAUCAUUUGUGCAAGAAUACUAUAUGUAAAUACAUUUAAUGAACUGUAAAGAUAUUUAAUAAAUAUAGUAUUUAUACA